AUGAGUUUUAAAGGAAAGUUUUUAUCGGUCCUAUAUUUUGGUCAUCGCUCUGCAGAUAUAUGCCUGCGCGUUGUCGAUCUUGUUAUUCAUGACGCACCCAAGAAUAUCGUCUUAUUACUAAAGCUUUCACGUUCCUUUAAAAAGCUCAUCAAGACAUACGAAAGAGCACUCACCAAAAAUGCCGCCAGUCUCUACGCCAACUCUCAAGUAAACCAACAAACCCAUCUCAUCGCUCUCAGCCAACCCAAAUCCAACAGCUCAUGCUUUGCGCCAAACUUCCACCUCAACCACACAUUCGCCUGGCUCCUAGAAGUCCAAACCCGUUCCAGAACAACCCACGAAAUAAUCCAAGACCCAUUUUCCCAAUGCCACACCCCCACCAUCUACUGGGCCAACGGCACCAGUUUCAAUCCCCCCAGCCUUCCCAUCCCGCCCCCAGAACUCGAACUCCGCAUGAAGAAAUUCAAACAAGAAGCCCUGAGACUCCUCUACGAACUCUUCGACGCAACCCAAGGUAUCCAAAACGAAUGGCGCGCACGCACUAGACAAAUAAACCAUCUCGUCCAUCUCAGCACCCCCGAACUCGCAAUCCUCUGCAUCUUCAUCCCCAUCUUGGGAUUUAAUCUCCUCGAAAAAUUAAAAAAUGACUCAAUCAAUACAAAAAGAGAAGUCAUAAUCUUCCAACAUAAUCUUAUCCGUUAUGGUCCUGUAGUAGCUUGGUUACAUAUUUCGUCUGGGAUUAAAUGUGAGAGGAUGGGACUUGGGAAGAUGAUGGUGUUGAAUGAGUGGUUUAAGGGGAAGCAGGUUGAAGGGGUGGAGUUGUUGAGGAGGUUUGAGAGGGGGGGAACGAGGGAGGCGAAUAUGAUGUUAGUGCUUUGGAGGGUUUUUGGGGAGAGGGUGGAUGGGCUUAACUUUGGGGUUUGGGGGGUGGGGAGGGGGGAGGGAUUGUGGGGGGUUGCGAGGGGAUUGGUGGAGAGGAGGAUGGAGGCGUAUGUGCUUGAUUGA